UCGUACCGAGCAGCAAAUCCAGCGAGAGUUCCUGAAGCUUCCUAAUAACACCACGAGUCUCUAAUGCCGCUGACGCUACGGCUCUCAUAAGACGCCGUCGAGCUACAUAACGCACGCUAUCACGCUUAUGACCUUUUAUGAGCUCGGACUAUCAUAACACCGGCGAUGGUGGCUUUCGCUUCACGCUGACACACCUCUAUGGGAUACGUCGAGCGAGGCUUCGGAUGUUUCCCGUCCGUCAGGCCUAAGAACAUGAGCGAUCAUCAGGAUCAGGCUGAAGAUGUCGGGCUCUUAACUCCUCAAGAUCAGUCAGAGCCCUCAAAGGACGAUGACGUGCACUUCAGGGUGCACCUGAUAGAUGAUCUGUCAUAUGAGGACGUGAAGAAAUGCUACCGUGGAUCUACCGUCAGCAAGUACAAUGCGCAGUACCACAAGCUUUUCCAGAGCGUUCCCAAAGAGGAGCUCCUGAUGAAAGUUUACUCCUGCGCCCUGCUGCGAGACAUCCUGCUGCAAGGCCGACUCUACAUCUCUCGAAACUGGCUGUGUUUCUAUGCCAACCUCUUCGGUAAAGACAUCAAGGUGGCCAUUCCUGUUGCCUCCGUGCGGUUGGUGAAGAAACAUAAGACAGCAGGUCUGGUUCCCAAUGGCUUGGCUAUCACCACAGACAGCAGUCAGAAGUACGUGUUUGUGUCUCUGCUGUCCAGAGAUAGUGUCUAUGACGUAUUGAGACGCAUCUGCACACAUCUACAGGUCAAUGGGAAGAAGAUCCUGAGCCUCAAGCAGUACAUGGAGGAACCCAACUCUUUAUCUCUGGAUGAGUUCCCCGUCCCUGAAGUUUUCCCUGUACCAGAUGAGUUUCCUCCAGUGCUGAAGUGGAGGAGGAAGCCAUCAGUGGCAUCUGUAGCUUCAUCUCUUCCUGACUUACUGGGAAACUCCACCAGCGGCCUGAGUGCUGUAGACGCCCCCUUCCAGACAGAUAAGCCUCUGGAGGAUCAAAGUCUGGAAACCAAGAAGAUCCUCCUGACGGAGGCCAUACCAGAACUGGGCCAGAUGGAGUACCAGCUACUAAAGUUCUUCAUCCUGCUCAUUAUCCUGCUCAUCCUGUCGUCGUGUUACCUGGCCUUUCGCGUCUGCAGCCUGGAGCAGCAGCUCUCUUUCCUCAGCAACAACCCCGCGCUGACUCUCAGAGAGAGGUAACCACUGACGUUCACCGCUGCGCUUCACAGUCGGUCCGGCGCUGGCGCUCUCUCUGUCUCUGCGGCCACUUUGCAACUAUGCAAACAAACUCUCUUACGUAUUUAUGCAAAGUCCGUCUCGGAUUGUGUUACCGACGAGCCCGACUUAGGGACAGAAGACUGGAAGUGUUCUCAUUCUGUGUUACUGGAUCCAAGAAGAAACGAGCUUCCGGCCUACACAGAAUGUAGACCGCAAGUCCUGUUUAUUGCAGGGAUGGAAUAUUACGGACGACUCUGUUUCCAUCAACAAAAACUCUUCUUGUGGUCACCUGAUAAGGGCAAACGUAUCAAUCGCUCUACAUCAAACCAGUCGAACGACUUUCAAUAGGUUAGAAAUAUCUUGAAUAUGUAUAGCUCAGGAUCUAAUACAGUACGUUUAGAGUAUUUUAUUUAUUUAUUAUGCAAGCCACUUGCCAUGCUAGCUCUUCCGAUAGGAUUUAGUCGACGGCAGCAUCAAAAUAUCUAAUAUGUCUACGUAAGGUCAUCGAGAUCAGGUCAUCGUCGGUCUUAUUAUGUGUUCACAGCUUAAUUGACCUGGGCGGAAUGUUUAUGGCAUAUUGAAUGUUUGCUCAACAUUAAAUCUUGAAACUGUAGGAUUCACGGACAAUAAAAUAGUGCAUUUUCAUGUACUUUUAAGAAACUGUAAUGUUGUUGAUUCCUAAAACCUGUAGUGCAGAUGUUUCGUGUAGAUCCGGACAUAUAGAACAAUAGUAAGAAUAUGAUUUUGGUUUAUUGAACCACUGAUAAAGAAGUUUGCAUUGUG